AUGUCCCUCUCAGUGCAUCCCCGAAAGGUCAGCAAAAAGCCUUUUCCACUGGAACCUCUUCUACCGCCACCAGUUCCACGAAGCAACUACUUUCAUUUUCAGGAAGAGAAGCAACGACUCCAGAUCAAUAAGUUCCUUCUUGAUCGGAUAUUUCUAGUGGCCAAGACAACAGCUGGAACAGAAAAAAAAGAUAUUACUGAGUACUAUGAACAAGUGUUUCAGUCGAUUAUGAAGCAUCACUUGAAAGAGGCAGUGACAGGAUUAUUGCUCAUAUAUCAUACUUUCAUUCUGCAUAUCCUUGAGUCCUCCAGUGGUACUCUUUACAGAAUUCUUUUAGAUUAUGUUAACCAUGAUAAGAACAAAGAGGAAUUUUUUAUCCAAGGAAUGAAAAUUAUAGUCGUGUCCCAUAACAUCCCAACAAGGGUCUUCAUGCAAUGGUAUGUUUCGGUAAUAAAAGUGCCAGUCAUAUAUCUUGAAGAUGUGACACAGUCCGAGUCCCUGGAGGAGGUCAUCACAGAGUUUCUCACCCAAAUUCAUAAACUAGCACUCUACUUUUUUAAGACUGUGAAAGUGGGCAGUAAAGGGCCAGGUGAUAACUUGCACCAAGCUGUACCCGAAUUGCUCCUCCCAGAAGAAAUAAUAAGGUACUUGCACAACUCUGAGGAAUUCAUAGACCCAGAAACUUUCCUAAACAUUUACAAUAAACCCAUGCAUGUCACUUUGGAUUCUGAUGUGGUAUGGCCUGCUCCUUCCCAAUUCUAG